AUGGGAGAAAAGAAGGAUAGGAUUAGUUGGAAGGUUGAAGGUGUAGAGAAAGCAUUUCUAGAAGCUUGUUUACGUGAAGUUACAAUCAAUGGACGAGAGGGGAGUAGUUUGAAAGCACUGUCUUGGAGGAAUGUAGCUGAAACAUUAAAAAUUGAACAUAACUUUAUUGUCGACCAAAAACAAAUGAAGAACCGCUAUGAAUACCUAAAGUCAAAUUUUGGUGCUUUUUUGAAGUUAAAAAACAAAACCGGCAAUGUGUACAAUGCAACAACCAAUACCUUCAAUCUUUCCAAAGAAGAAUGGGAACUAGAAUCGAAGUCAAGCAAACAUGUGGAUUCUUUGAGACGCACACCACUAUCGUACCCCGACCUUUGCACACAGUUGUUUGAAGGCGCGACUGCGACAGACAUUCAUAGUUGGGGGCCAACUUCUACCCUUCCCUGUCCUACUCAAGAGUCAAGACACUAUAGUUUGCAUGACUUUGACGACAUUGAUUACACUCAACAAGAAACUGUAGGUCUCAGUGACGAGUCAUCCGCUCAAUAA